ACCUCCGCCACAGACACAUUCGUCUACGGCGGCUGCUCCCAGCAAAAAUUCUCUCCGUCCUCUGCUUAUGAGUCAAACCUCAACUCUCUUCUCACUUCUCUAGUCAACUCAGCCACAUACUCAUCCUACAACAACUUCACCAUCAUGGGCUCUUCCUCCUCGGACACAGCCCGUGGCCUCUUCCAAUGCCGCGGUGACCUCUCCAUGCCCGACUGCGCUACGUGUGUGGCACGUGCCGUCUCUCAAGUUGGCCCUCUUUGUCCUUUCACCUGCGGUGGAGCACUCCAGCUAGCCGGCUGCUACAUCAAGUACGAUAAUAUCAGCUUCCUUGGCCAAGAAGACAAGACCGUUGUCCUCAAGAAGUGUGGACCCUCUGAGGGUUACAACUCUGAUGGGAUCGGCCGGAGAGACGCCGUUCUCACGGAGCUA